CGUCAGCCUCGCGCUUCAACAUGCUCCCCUCAGCAGGUGUUUGGUGUUGAUUGAACGAGAUUGGCAAAAUGCUGGGGGUUUAUGGUGUAUCUGCCCACUAUCUAUGUCUGCUUCCUGGGAGGAAAAAGAAUGAUCACGGCCCUGAGAUUCGCCCUGGGAAAGCAAGUACAUCCACUCCGUAUCUGUGGGACAUUUUCUCAACUGCAAGGAAGACAGGCCAACGGACCAUCGUCAAAGAGAAGCGGUGUGCCUCUGGGGGUAUCCUGGGCUGUAGGAGACAGGGAUCUCAUCAUUAUUGUUCUAUAUUUAACAUCGUCACCCGGCAUCAUGUUACCCACUCCGAAUCACAAAUCGUCCAUAGGCCGAACAUGCUCAAGUGGAUCCAGUCAGGUACAGUACGUCAAGCCUGUUCUCCGGACAUCCUGGAGGCUGAUGAAAUUUUCCGGAGAGGACGCUGAGUUGGUGCAGAUGCACUCUGCAAAUGAAAGUGAUCGUUCUACCAUUGGUGAGCACCUUAGAAGAGCCUUCUUUGUAUUCCAAUCACAAGCUGUUGGAUAUAUGAUACGGCAAUCUUGUGGUGGGAUGAGUAUAUGUAUAGGGUAAGUACAACACGAGUGAUCUGGUAUGCCUCAUUGCCUG